AUGGCCAGCGCGCGUCGAGUCUCGGGCUUCCCCACGCGCAAUCCGGGCACCAACGACCGGCCAGGCAGCAGAGAUGCAGACAAGGAAGAAAUAUGGAAGCCCAUGUUGGACAGCAUUUCGAGUGGCAAGAGAUUACCUGAGAAGAGCUUGCUUGUACUAGGCGGAACACCAGAGACACAACGAGAGUUCCUCGAGUCUGUAUCCACAGAUGGCCCCAAUGGCAGAAGACAGCAGGAUCGAGGGAGGAAGCCACCUAUUGCGAAUCAGUUCGCGCUGGGGUACACAUAUCAAGAUGUACUCGACACAGAUCACGAAGAUACGCUUGCACGCCUCUCGCUCUACUUGCUCGCCAGCCCCUCGCCGUCCUUCACACCCCUCAUCAAACCCUACCUCAACCCACGUACCGUCCCCCACAUGCUUGUUGUCAUCCUGCUAGAUUGGAAUCAGCCUUGGCUCUGGAUACGGCAGCUGCGAGACUGGAUACGAGUGUUGCGCUCUCUCGUUGUCUCACUUGACGAUGCCUCGAAAGAGGUGCUCCAUGAGAACAUUGCCAUCCUGCAAGACAAAGGGCGCACUUUAGGUGGAGAGGGCAACACAUCGAUGGAGAACGUGAAGAUACCACUCGGUCCUGGAGAGUGGGAUGAGCCGCUGGGUCUACCUUUAUGUGUUGUGUGCCAGAACGCCGACAAAAUAGAAUCUCUGGAGAAAGAGCGUGGCUGGAAAGAGGAGGAGUUUGACUUCAUUUUGCAGUAUCUGCGCACCAUUCUGCUCAAACAUGGAGGCAGCUUGAUUUACACAAUGCCUUCUGCACCUGGCUCGCUGCAGACACUAGUCCACUCAACACUAGGUAUCAAGUCACUGCUCAAGCAGGAGCAGUUAAGGCAUAACGUCACAGACCGAGAUCGAGUCCUAGUACCGCCGAACUGGGACUCAUGGGCGAAGAUUCGAAUCUUGCGAGGCAACUUCGAGGUGGAAGAAAUCAGCGAGAAAUGGAGCAUCGAUAUCGACGUACCUGAGCGCAUGACACAGGCAAACGAGCAAUCACAAGCAGAAAGCGAAACCGCGGCGGAUACGCCUAGCCCAACAUCGUCGACCAGUGACCACACCCCGGACACCUCAGCAACAGCGAUAUACGAGAAAGAAAUCCGGAAUCCCCAAUACGACUUCACCUUGUCUACGCUAUCGAAACAGGGCAACGGCAUCGAGGUCGAAAGCACGCAUCCGCAGGCUUUCCUUGCUGGGCAGGUACAGAUCCUCGACCAGCUGCGGCAAGAAGAUGAGAAGGAUGCAGCGCUUAAGGCAGCACGGAAAGAAGCAGACCCCUCGGCGAGGAACUGGGUUGUAGCUGGGACAAGUGGGGAAGACACGUCUGGCGUUGUCGAAGAGCACAUUGGGCCUGUGCAAUUCAACAUGGGUGGCAUUCACGUGAAUGCCGACGAGAUGGUGAAAAGGCUCCAGGACCGCGAAGCAAAUCGCACCGGCGAGCCCAAAGCAUCAUCCCCGGACGCACAAGACCCCAAUGCCAUGAGCAACGAUAAGCUCAUGUCGUUCUUCUCGGGCCUCAUCAACAAAGGUGGUGCCAACAGCCCAGCACGUGGCUCGUAA